CGGGUGUGAACUGUGAACUUGCUAAGUCUAUCAGCCGGCGCCGGGUUGCCUGGACGACCGCUGUUAUUUUUCACUAGUUUCUCUCUCGCAGGAUAAGGACAGUAACCCCGGCUUUUGAAUUACAACUCAUGAUGCCCAGGGUUCAAUCUGUUACUAUUAUGCAAACUACAACUACCUUUGAAUGAAGUUUAUACGGUUCUGACUCGCCAGAGCAGCAAGCAGAUUAGUGAGAUCAUGAAUCACCGAGUCUUAGCAAGAAGCUUUCAUAAGUUUCAGCAUCUCAACUGUAGUGUUCAGCCUAAACCAUUACAAAGAAAUGGUUGGGAAGCAGUAAUAGGGCUAGAAAUUCAUGCCCAGAUUUUAUCAGCUAGCAAACUUUUUUCUCGCACCAGCAACAAGUAUGGGGCACCACCAAAUACUCAAGUUAGCAUAUUUGAGUCAGCACAUCCAGGAACAUUGCCAGUUCUAAACAAGAGAUGUGUGGAAGCUGCUGUCAAAACUGCAGUUGCUUUGGGUGCAACAAUAAACAAAAUCUCUCGAUUUGACCGAAAGCAUUAUUUCUACCCAGAUCUCCCCGCAGGAUACCAAAUUACUCAGUCAGAAUUUCCUUUGGCAAGUAAUGGAAAAUUAGAAUUCAUCACAUAUAAUCCUUCAGUCCACAAGCUUCCAUAUCGACGUUCAGUCGACCUCAUACAACUCCAGCUUGAAGAAGACAGUGGAAAAAGUAUUCAUGACACAGAUAGCAACAGGGUUCUUGUGGACCUGAACCGUGCAGGGCAGCCCCUGAUGGAACUGGUCUUUGGCCCUCAGCUACACUCAGGGGAGGAAGCUGCAGCUAUGCUCAAGGAAGUUGCACUUAUUCUUAAGAAAAUUGAGACUUGCAACUGCAGGAUGCAUGAGGGAUCUUUGCGGGUGGAUGCUAACAUAUCACUUCACAGACCUGGUGAACCACUAGGCACUCGCACUGAAGUGAAAAAUUUGAAUUCUCUUCGAUCACUGGUGAAAGCAGUUGACUUUGAAAUAGAACGACAGAUAAACAUACUGGAAUGUGGUGGAAGUGUUAUUAAUGAAACACGCAGUUUUGACACAGAGACCAAGGAAACUGUGAGCAUGAGGGACAAGGAAGUUAUUCAGGACUAUCGCUUCAUGCCAGAGCCAAAUCUUCUUCCACUGCGCUUGUAUGACUCAUCAGAGCUUGGCUGUGAUAUGCAAGGUUCACUUGAUAUAUAUGAAAUUCGUUCCUCUGUACCUGAAUUGCCUGAGGCUGUGAGACAGAGGUUAAUGAGGGACUAUAAGCUCAGCUUGGAGACUGCUAUUAUAUUUGUGAAUGAAGAUGAUCUCUUGGCUUACUUCCUGGCAGUGAUGUCUAACAGAGCCCGCAAUCCUCAAAUAGUCACCAACCUCUUGCUCACUAAUCUUUUGGGUGUACUCAACUCUAAAGAUAUUCACAUCAGAAACAGUCCUCUCUCUGCAGCAGGUUUUGGGGAGAUUGUUGACAUGCAGCAAAGUGGCAAAAUCUCCCCAAGUGUAUCCGAAGAUGUCAUGAAUGUUAUUUGUGUUGAUGGAGACCCACGAACCCCAACACAGAUUGUCCAUGACAACAAGUGGAUCCAAAUAUCAGAUGAAGAUAUCAUUGAACACCUUGUGGAUAGGGUCUUAAGGGAAAAUCCUGAUCUGGUUCAUAAGUAUAAACAGAAGAAGAAAAAGAAGUUUCUGAAUGCCCUCAUGGGGAAAAUCAAGGCUACAACUGACUUCAAGACAAAUAUGAAUUUGGUGAAUGAUAUUCUGUCCAAGAAACUUGACUCUUAAGACAGUCGUGGAAUAUUUUGAUGUCUCGUAGAUGAAAAUCUGUAUGUUGGGUCUGAAGGCAAGUCUGUAAUUGUAAUAGGUAAAAUGUAGAAUUAAAGAGAAAAAUGCUUUCACUCUUCAUUCAGCUGCUAGGCUUAAUUUAUUAUACACAAGGAAGCUUGACAGAACAUUGAUGUAACAGGAAAGUGUAACUUUAGUUUUAAAUAUAGUAGUUAAAGUAUACAGCUGCUGAAAGACUGUCUCAAGUAACAAUGACGAGUACACGUUUUUACUAAACUAAUUGAAAAGAAACAUUAAUGCAACUUGGUUCAACAAAAUGACACUAUGCAUGGAUAAUUUCUAUUUUAAUAUGAAAUUGGUACAGAAAAAUUCCUUUAUAUCCAGACAUUUUACCUGCAGUUCUGAUCUAUCCUGGUAAACGAAAGUAGUAUAUUGUCUCCAGGUUGCUUUUCUAUCCAGAUCUUAAGAUGUUACAUGUUUCAGCUUCACAAAUUUGAUAAUGAUAUUCAAUUCCUCUCUGGUUUGUGUUAUUCUUGGAAGCAGUAGUAUAAUUAUUAUACAACAGUAUUUAUAAUAUUACAAUUCACACAGCAUGUUAUGUGUAAACUGGGUAGCAAUGCUACUAUAUGGUGCAUGGUCAAUAAACAAGCCCAGUGCAGAGCAACUCUGCAAGUAUAUA